AUGGAACUCGGUGUCUUCCUCCUCCUCACUUUCACUGUGGGCUUCUUGCUAUUAUUAGCCAGCCAAAAUCGGCCAAAGACCCAUGGCCACUUACCACCAGGACCUCGUCCCCUGCCCUUCUUGGGGAACCUCUUACAGAUGAACAGAAGAGGCCUUCUGCGUUCUUUCAUGCAGCUUCAAGAAAAAUAUGGAGAUGUGUUCACAGUACACCUGGGACCAAGGCCCGUGGUCAUAUUGUGUGGGACAGACACCAUAAGAGAGGCUCUGGUGGACCAAGCUGAAGCGUUCUCUGGUCGGGGAACAGUUGCUGUGCUCCAUCCAGUUGUACAGGGAUAUGGUGUGAUCUUUGCCAAUGGGGAACGUUGGAAGAUCCUUCGGCGAUUCUCUCUGGUCACCAUGAGAAACUUCGGGAUGGGAAAGCGCAGUGUAGAGGAGAGGAUAAAGGAAGAGGCCCAGUGUUUGGUGGAGGAACUGAAGAAAUACAAGGGAGCCCUCCUGAACCCCACCUCCAUCUUCCAGUCCAUCGCAGCAAACAUCAUAUGCUCCAUUGUCUUUGGAGAGCGCUUUGACUACAAAGACCACCAGUUCCUGCGUCUGCUGGAUCUGAUCUAUCAGACAUUUUCCCUUAUGGGCUCCUUGUCCAGCCAGGUGUUUGAGCUUUUCUCUGGCUUCCUGAAAUACUUUCCCGGUGUCCACAAACAAAUCUCCAAAAACCUACAAGAAAUCCUCAACUACAUUGACCACAGUGUGGAGAAGCACAGGGCCACCUUGGACCCCAACACUCCACGAGACUUCAUCGAUACCUACCUUCUGCACAUGGAGAAGGAGAAGUCCAACCAUCACACAGAGUUCCAUCACCAGAACCUUGUGAUCUCUGUGCUCUCUCUCUUCUUUGCUGGCACCGAGACGACCAGCACCACGCUCCGUUACAGCUUCCUGAUCAUGCUCAAGUACCCCCACGUCGCAGAGAAAGUCCAAAAGGAGAUUGAUCAGGUGAUCAGCUCACACCGGCUACCAACCCUUGAUGAUCGUAUCAAAAUGCCAUACACUGAUGCAGUCAUCCACGAGAUUCAGAGAUUUGCAGAUCUUGCCCCAAUUGGUUUACCACACAGAGUCACCAAAGACACCAUGUUCCGAGGGUACCUGCUCCCCAAGAACACUGAGGUUUACCCCAUCCUGAGUUCAGCUCUCCAUGACCCACGGUACUUUGACCACCCAGACACCUUCAAUCCUGAGCACUUCCUGGAUGCCAAUGGGACACUGAAGAAGAGUGAAGCUUUUCUGCCCUUCUCCACAGGAAAGCGCACUUGCCUUGGAGAAGGCAUUGCCCGAAAUGAAUUGUUCAUUUUCUUCACCGCCCUCCUCCAGAACUUCUCUUUGGCAAGCCCUGUGGCUCCUGAGGACAUUGACCUCACUCCCAUUAACAGUGGUGCAGGCAAAAUACCCUCACCAUACCAGAUAAACUUCUUGUCCCGCUGUGUGGGUUGA